AGCCACGCACGCAACACGUAUUCGCAAAUCUUCUCGCAAAUCGAUCGCACGAACUCCACUCAUUGCCCAGUAUGAGCAAAGCACGACUGGAAACCAUGGCCACGAUGACCUGCAUGAAGACCUUGCUAAUGCUCUUCAAUUUCAUCUUUUGGGCGUCCGGGGUGUUGAUGUUAUGCAUCGGAAUAUGGAUGCGUAUCCAACUGCGAGAUUAUAUGAAUAUGAACGUGCAGGGCAGUGGAGCUGCUUUACUGGCACUUGCGAGUUUAGGUGCGGUGUUAGCGGUCGCAGCGGUCCUCGCCUGUUGUUGCACUGCACGUGGUCAUCCUGCUCUCCUGUAUUUGUACGGUGCGUUUCUGGCUGUCGUGGCUUUACUAGAACUCGGUGCGGGCGCGUCGGUUUACGCUUAUCGCACGAGCUUGAACGAGGGAUUUGAUCAAGGUCUGAACGAAAGCAUGGCUGCCUAUGGACAGGACCAUUCCAAGAGCACACACAUCGAUACCAUGCAAUCAACUUUGCAUUGCUGUGGCAAUCGCGGUUAUGUUGAUUGGCUCAAUUUGGAUCCGCCGAAGGAAGUUCCCUCAUCCUGUUGCAAAGUGCUACAGAAUAAAUGCGACACAUCGGAUGUAGAGGAAAUUUAUACUGAGGGAUGUUACAAUCGCUUACUGGAUCUCAUAAAUAGCAACAUCGGUCUGGUGGCCGGUACAGCGAUCGGCGUAGCUUUUUUCCCACUAGUUGGUAUCUUUCUAGCAUGCUGUCUAGCCAGCAAUAUCAAUAAGGCCGAGUACGAGCAAGUUGCUUAGGCAUGGCAUUUGCGCAAACUGCAACGACGGUCCUAUCAGAAAACAAAGCCUGUAUCGCUAACGACAACGGCGAACAUAUAUGAUUUAAUGAGAACACGGAAAUGAUCUCAAUCGAGGCAAGCGCGCAUUUUACCAAUUCGAUUUUAGUUGACAAUUUGGUACGAAAAUUAAUUAAAAAUGUAUAAUAUAAAGUCCACACUUGUAUAUGAAGUUAUGUCUAAAAUGGAUCUUAUACAUAAUUGUGUCAUAUUUGUAUCAUUCUUGUAUUAAUUUUUGUUGCUUACUUAAGCCCUCGAUUAAAUUCGUGCUUUCAUGUUCUGGCUAAAUCAUUCUAAUCAAAAUUAAUAUAAAUCGAUAAUGUUAUAUCAAAGUAUGAUGUUUACUUAAUACUGUUACAAGAUGUAAUAAUCUUCUCAUAUAUUUAGAAUUUAUUUGAAGAUUAAUCUUCAAAUAAAUAUAUUUCAUACAACAAUUAAAAAGAACAUAUAAAAGAUCUUAAUAUACAUAAUAUUAAGAUCUUUUAAACAAAGCAUUUACAAAUUAACAUGUUAGCAGACAGAAGAGAAUACGAAAUAUACUAAUUUGAGACAAGUAGUCGCUGAUGAACAAGUCUCUUUGAAUAUGAUUUAUAAAACUUUUUUAAUGUUAAAAAACGUAUGAAAGAUAUCUAGAUUAUUGAAUAAAACAUGACAUAUUCCUUUGCAUAAGAGGAUUAAAUAACGCUGUAGAAUGCGAACGACGCAUGACUAGCAUUUUUGGAUUAACAGUAAAAAUAUGACUUGAUUAUUGCUAAUGUUAAAAAUAUCGAAUCGCAUUGUGAACAAACUGAAAAAAAAUUUUAAUUUCUAUAUAAGUUCUAAAAUUUGGUGAAAAUCAAAUGAUGUGUGUAUAUAUAACAUAUAUUAUGUAUAUGUGUAUAUAUACAUACAUACAUAUAUACGAAAAUAGAACAAAGCAUAAAAAUAUAUCGACAGUCUAAAUUAUUAUCUUUAUCAAUAGAAUCACAAUGCGAAGAAUAAUAACGAUAAAGUUCAUUUCACGAAUGCCUGUGUGUGACAACGAUAUGGUGCGAUAGAUAAAACAAACUUCUACAUUUUUUAAUAUUCUAUGAAUCCUUAGAUGUAGCAACAACUUCUUCUCUUCGGCUCUUAAUCUCUUACAAACUCUUAUUCUAUAAGUCUUUAAAUCCUUUUAACUCGUUAAAUUCUUCACACUCUUAAAUUUUCCAUACUUCGCAUUUUCAAUCCACUAGCAUUCUUAAAAAUUCUAUAUAUUCUAUCAUUCUAUAUAUAAUAUUAUAUAGAAUCACAUGUAGUCUAUCUUCUAUCUUCCUCUGCCUUCAAAUACUUAAUUAUGAUUCAUUGUGCGUUUAAAAUCGUGGCUGUCCUUAUUUUAUAUAAAUUGGCUUCGAUUUUGCAUUAAACAAAUGAAACUUAAAAUCAGACAAUCAGCAAAAUCAGUAUUAAAUAUUAAAUGGAAGUAACAUAUCCAUUUUGAGUAAUUAUCGGACAAAAAUAGCGAAACAAGCAAACAUUUUCUUAUUAUAAAAUAUUGUUUUAUGUUCUAUCUAUAAAAUAAUCUGAGAAUUAAU